AUGGAUAAAUCGUUCUUAGACGUGGGUGGUGCAUAUGUAAAUGAAUCGCCUAUUCGAGAAAUGUUUGUGCAUUCUUUUUUACCGUUUUCGACGAGUGCGUUGAAUAAUGGCGAUGAAAUCCGUAUAGCAAUUCAAAACCGAGAUGCACAUACGUUACCGAGCGAUAGUUUUAUCUAUAUUGAGGGUAAAAUAACGAAACCCGAUGAACUUAAGACAGAAAUAAGUUUAGCACACAACGGUCUAACGAAUUUGUUUAACGAAAUGAAAUACGAGAUUAACUCUACCGAAGUACAACGGGUUAAAAAACCUGGGAUAACUAGUGCGAUGAAAGGAUAUUGUUCGUAUUCGCCUGCCGACGCGAAUAUUUUACAAAACGCUGCCUGGGAUAUCACUGGACACAAUGCUAAUUUCAUUAAAGACGGUUCGUUCAGUGGAUGUAUACCGUUAAAGCAUGUUUUCGGUUUUUGCGAGGACUACAAACGAAUACUUGUGAAUUGUAGCCAACAGUUGAUAUUGAAUAGAUCGAUGUCGGAUUUGAGUUCGUUACAUUUCACUAGCGUCGUGGGAGGAGACAUGAACACCGAGACGGUUAAGGCCUUGGUGAAAAAAGUCAAAGUACAACUAACGCGAGUGCUGUGGAAAAUACCUGUUAUUAAAGUCGAUGAUCGGGAAACUUUGCGAGUAUCCAAAUCUGCCGCAGACGAACAAACACUCUUGGAUGGUGAAAACAUGUUCGCAAGUAGAAAGACCUAG